AUUGUCGGGGGCUAUUCUCUCUCCCAGGAACAUGGCGGCGAGUCAGGGAGGCGGUGGGAACAGUGGGGGCGGCGGCUGCGGUGGAGGUGGAAGUGGUGGUGGCGGUGGCGGUGGCGCGGCUGGAGGAGGAGGAGGUGGUGGUGGAGGAGGAGGUGGCGGGGUCGGGGCGGGAGGAGGUGGUGGCUGUGGCGGGACUGUGGCGGUGCCCAUCCCGGUACCGACUCUUUUCGGUCAGCCGUUCCCCAAUGGGCCGCAGUGGCACCCAGGGAGCUUGCAGCCUCAGCACACGGUGAGGAGCCUGGACCGGGCCCUGGAGGAGGCGGGGAACUCUGGCAUCCUGAGCCUCAGUGGCAGGAAACUCAGAGACUUCCCAGGCAGUGGCUACGACCUGACGGACACCACCCAAGCAGGUGACAGGCUGGGGGGAGGGGAAGCAGGGCCUGGAAGGAGGAUGGGGAGUGGGUGACUGCGUGGCUGCCUUGUUGGAUUCUGCUGGGCCGGCGCGCAGGGGCGGCGGGAGUCCCGGAAUCCGAGCAGCCUCCUCUGACUGUGAGGGGCAAUGCAGGCAGCGGGAAAGAGGGGCGCCAGCAGCCCUGGGAUGAUGGAGAAGCUGGCUGGGAUGUUAGGGGCAUUAUUGUUAAAGAGUGUUGUACCCAGAGUGUUGCACCCAGACAGAAGGGACUUAUUGACACCUUCCUUAAUGCACUUCCUUCAACUCUUGGUCCUAUCUUCCCCCACCUUAACCGUGAGUAGGUGGGAGGAGGUGAGAGGAGUUGGGAACAGACAAUGCAGAAAAAUCAUAAUCUCUACAUAUUCCUUGAAAGGCAUUGGAUAGUCCUUUUCAGAGUAAGGCUUGGUGUUUGUCUGUGUUCUUCUGGUGGAUUUGUUUAAUCAUUUUAGGAUAUUUUUGUUUCCUUUUCAUCUCAUCUAUGCCUUACAGAGUGACUUUUAUUUUAUUUUCAUUUUCUUGAUGCUGAGAGGUGAUGGUGGUUAGAUUAGUAUUUGUUGCACUAGGAAAUUAAAUCAUCAAUAACUUAAGUGUUUGAUUACCGGGUGAAAGGUAGUCCAUUUUUGAGUGUUGUUGGUUUUGAUUUUUAUAGCAGAAAGCUAAAAAUUGUAUGGGUAUUUUUGAGAAAACAAUUCCAUUUCUUAUGGGGUUGAUGGUUAAAGGAUUGCCCUAUACUCUGUGUUAGUCUUUGUUGUGGCUGGCAUCUUGGUGGUGGUGCUGUGAAUUCACUCUCCUUCUAAACCAGUGCUGCUUAUUUUUAUAUUUGUUUAGGUUUGCUGAAGGUUUUUUUCUCUUCAUAAUCUUUAAUUUUUUGCUUUAUGUGUCCCAUCUACAGUGCUGAAAUAAAUUGUGCACCAAGAUAUUUGCAUGGAUGUAGUGAUUUUGAAGCACCAUAGUGAGAAGUAGUAAAUAUCCAUAUUUACAAACAAGACAAUUUAAGUGCGUUCGGUUUCUAGACAUCAAAUCAAGAUAUGUGUGCAGGCAGAGGAUGGCAAAAAAAAGGAAAAAUCUAAAAUUGAAGCUUCCUAUGCAGUAAUUCUCUCAGGCAGUAUUUAAGGAACUAUGAAUACAGAAUCAAUACCGGAUUAUGUAUUGUGGUAAACUGGUUUGAAUGUUUACACCUUUACUCAGAACAGAUUGCCCAAACACUAUUCACAGACUCAUGGAUAGGUAUUGGCAAGAUAUGCUCCUUGGUAUGUGCCUCAAAAGCUUCAAGAAAAAAUGGCUCCAGGAUGCAUCAUUGUAGGUUUUUUUCUUUACUCUUCUUUAUAACCCAUAAAGAUUCCUUCUACCUGUAGGACAAAGUUUAAAUAUUUUUGGCUGUCACUGUCUGGCUCCAGGUUAAUUAUUGCAAUUGUAUCUCACAAAUGUUCCUACCUUCUUUUCUUCCAACUAGGUCAGCUUGCUGCCCCUCAAAUAAAUAUUUUGUGUAAUUCUGCCUUAUCCUUAUAUGAAGCUGUCUGCAUGCGUGAGAUUUUCCAAAAAGCUGUUUCCAUGAUCGAUACCAGUCUUCUGCUUCUUUGAAUUCCCAGGGUGCUUAUUGUCUCUACUACUUAUUUGACAGUGCUGGCUUUAUUUUCCUUUUUUGUUGUGCCUUGCUCUCCCUGAGGAUAUGGAGCACAACUUUAAAGAUCUUUCCAGAAAUCGCUUUACAGAAAUUCCUUCUGAUGUGUGGUUAUUUGCACCACUUGAAACAUUAAACUUAUAUCAUAAUUGUAUCAAAACCAUUCCUGAAGCCAUUAAGAAUUUGCAGAUGUUAACAUACCUUAACAUUAGUCGAAAUCUUUUAUCAACAUUGCCAAAAUACUUAUUUGACCUUCCACUUAAAGUUUUGGUCGUCAGCAAUAAUAAGCUGGUAUCCAUUCCAGAAGAAAUUGGAAAGUUAAAAGAUUUGAUGGAGCUGGAUAUUAGCUGCAAUGAAAUUCAGGUCCUUCCCCAACAAAUGGGAAAAUUACAUUCACUUAAAGAGCUAAAUAUAAGAAGAAAUAAUCUCCAUAUUUUGCCAGAUGAAUUAGGAGAUCUUCCCUUAGUCAAGUUGGAUUUCUCCUGUAAUAAAGUGACUGAAAUUCCUGUCUGCUAUAGGAAGCUGCACCAUUUACAAGUCAUAAUUUUGGAUAACAAUCCUUUGCAAGUACCGCCAGCACAGAUAUGCUUAAAGGGUAAAGUACAUAUAUUUAAGUACUUAAAUAUACAAGCAUGUUGUAGAAUGGAUAAGAAACCAGAUUCCCUGGAUCUUCCAUCACUGAGUAAAAGAAUGCCUUCUCAGCCCCUCACAGACAGUAUGGAAGAUUUUUAUCCAAAUAAAAAUCAUGGCCCUGACUCUGGAAUUGGAAGUGAUAAUGGAGAGAAGCGAUUGUCUACAACGGAACCAUCAGAUGAUGAUACAAUCAGUCUUCACUCUCAAGUCUCAGAAUCGAAUAGAGAGCAAACAUCAAGAAAUGACAGUCAUCUAAUAGGAAGCAAGCCUGAUUCGCAGAAAGACCAGGAAGUGUAUGAUUUUAUUGAUUCCAACACAGAAGAUGUAGCAGUUCCUGAACAAGGAGAUACACAUAUUGGAUCAUUUGUCUCUUUCCUUAAGGGGAAAGAAAAGUGCUCUGAAAAAUCUCAGAAAAUUGAAGAACUGGGAAAUGAAAAAAAACUGGACAAAGAACAGUUACUUCCGGAGGAAGAUGAUGAUGAUUUGAAAGAAGUAACUGAUUUGAGGAAGAUAGCUGCUCAGUUAUUAAAGCAAGAACAGAAGAACAGUGUCUCAGCAGAUGAAGGGAAUUCACCAUUAUCACCCCUUGCAUGGCAGCCAUUAGAAAAUCAGAAGGAUCAAAUAGUUGAACAACAGUGGCCAGAAUCUCAGCCUAUAAUCUGGCAAAACGAAGAAAGGAGACGGAGUAAGCAGAUCAGAAAAGAAUAUUUCAAGUACAAAUCAGCAAGGAAGAAUUCAAGUGGCAAUGAAAAUGAGGAGGAAUAUGACAGGACUGAUGGCUUUUCACAUGGUCCCUUUGGCUUGAAACCUAGAUCGGCCUUUAGUCGUGCAUCUCGGCAAGAAUAUGGGGCAGCAGAUCCAGGGUUUACAAUGAGAAGAAAGAUGGAGCAUUUACGGGAAGAGCGUGAACAGAUACGACAGCUUCGCAAUAACCUUGAGUCCAGAUUAAAAGUAAUUCUGCCUGAUGACAUAGGAGCUGCACUGAUGGAUGGGGUUGUUCUUUGCCACUUGGCCAAUCAUAUAAGGCCACGCUCUGUAGCUAGUAUUCAUGUACCAUCACCAGCAGUGCCCAAGCUGAGCAUGGCGAAAUGUCGAAGAAAUGUAGAAAAUUUUCUUGAUGCUUGCAAAAAGUUGGGUGUUUCCCAGGAGAGACUCUGCUUGCCUCACCAUAUUUUGGAAGAACGAGGGCUUGUGAAAGUUGGUGUUACAGUUCAGGCACUCCUUGAAUUGCCUACUACCAAGGCAUCUCAGCUUUCUAUGGCUUGAUUUGACAAUUAAAAAAAAACACACACAUGAAUAAUUUCAUGUAUUUGAAAUGAUUUCAGAUAUCUCAAAAUCAUGAAGAAUGUUCAGUAAAAAAAAUAGUUUGCCUUAGGUUUCUUUUUUCAGAAUUACGUUAAGAUCUCAGAUAUAAACUGAGUUGUCCAAAUAACUUUUGGAGGAAAAUUGGAUUAAUUUAUAUAAGAUUUUGAAAAUUGAAAUUCUCCUUUUAAUAUGUCAUUCAAGAACCUUGACUGAUUUUCAAAAUGCAAAUUGAUACAAAAUUUAAAACAUGCUUUAAAUUUAAUAAUCACAUGAAGUUGAAUUUUUUGCAUCACUGUAUACUAGUAAUCAUCUGGGUAAAAGUAAUAAUUUAGGAAAACAAUUCAAUAUUUGAGUUUUUCCAUAUACUCCUGCUUUGUACACAAUUUCUUCAAUAUUUUGUUUUGUUUCCUAGGAAAAAAAUGAAUAGAAGAAAACAAAACCUUGGCAUUAUUCAAUUUUUUUAGUAUUAUCAGUUGGUGCCAAAAUAUUUUCAUUUAUAUUGUAGGUUGUUUACAUGUGAAGUGCCUGUGUAAUUGAUGAAUCUCAAAUAGUCUUAAGCAUUUUUGCAAUUUCUUUUUAUGUAUUAAUAGAAUCAAUGGAAUUUUUAAAUAUUUUGGUAGGUUUUGUACGGUCAAUAAUAUGUGAGGGUUUAAAUGCACCUCACAUUGCUGGUUUCUUAGUUAACCCAGUGCAGUUUUUUCUUAAAUUGGUUCUUUCAUGUUGUCAAAAAUGUUAAUAUGCUUAAUUUAUGCUAUUUAAUUUUGCAAAAGCAUAAUCAUCUUUUAAAUUCUUUUAUCUGAAGAGUAUUUUAUUUUUGUGUUGCAAACAUUACACAAAGCAGUAAGACUUUGGAAGGCUAGGGAAGUACUAAUUGUCAAGGACAUUUUGAUGUAACUGUCAGUGUUCUUGUUUAUAUCUUGACUUAUAAGGACAUUAAGUACGUAAGCGCUGCCUUCCAUAUUAAAAGAGCCGCCAUUGAGAAGCAGGUUUUGAUUCACAAUUUGGCCAUUUCUGGAUCAUGCAUUUCUUGUGAUCCUCAAGUAAACUGAUGUUGAAUUAAACACAUUCUGUUUCAUGAAAUAGUAUGUUCAGUAAAGACCUUGCUUGAUUUGAAGAUGGAUAAACUUAUGGUGAUAGUAGUGCUGAAAUUUUUCCAAAACAUUACUGUGAUGAAUAACUCAGUUUCCUAUAGAAGAGCCUUCAUAUUCACUUUUGCAGUAGCCAAACAAGUAUCAUUUCUAACUGUGUGAUUAUUUGCACUUGUUACCUCUUAAUAUGGAUGCAACUUAAUAAAACCAUUGGCCUGGGUAUUUCAAAGGAAAUUUAUAAAAUGUAAAAUGUCAUGUGCCAAAUACUAUGGUAAGGAUUGAUUUUAGGAAUAAUUCUACAUUAUUUUGGUCAGUUGUCAUGGAACCAUAUUUUUUAAUCUUGGCUUCAGAAUAUAGAUAUUUUCUUUUUAGUCCCCAUGAGUCAAAUCGGAACUAUUGAAGAGUGAAAGGUUUUUUAUUACUGUAAGUUUUAAAGAAUAAAUUAUUGAUAAUUUAUUAUUUAAAUAUUUGAUCUAAUUAGAUAUGAUUAAAUCAUUGGAUCUGAAAAAUAUUCCCAUUGACAUAAUGAAACUCCUUAGCGAAAAUUUGGAUAAUAUAGGUAAUUUAGGAAGUACCUUAGCUGAUGAAUUUUUAAUUUAGACAGUUGACAGCAUUAUAAAUUUCAAAAAGUUUAACAACCAAAACAAUCACUCAUACGUCUAUCAUGAUUAUUGUGCUAUAAAAUUCUCUUAUUAAUCAAUCUUGUGUUAUUUUCCAAGUAUUAUGUGCUUUGUUAUUAUUGAAAUAGUUGUGAAACUUUAGGCAAUUUUUUUUACUACAUUUCACUUGUCAGUUACCUAUUACCUUAUUGAGAAAACACACCUGAACUUCAGUGCUCAUACUUGAUAACAAAUAAAAAUGCUUUUCAAGAUGGGUCCCCUUGGGGCCUGUAACACAGCAGUUCAAUUAUUAUUGUGCCAAAAGGCAAUACCAAUAUCUCUUCUAAUGCAGUUUCAGCAUAGUCCACAAUGACAACCUCAUACCAAGACCCUGCCAUAUUUCUGUUAGUAACUUUUUAGUGUAAAUUUUAUCCUAAAUGUUUUCUAUGACUUAUUAUAUAUUUACUUCAUCAGUUAUCGAAUUAAGAAUGAUUAUCAUUAUUUGAAUGGCUUUGUGAUUUGAGGAAGAUUGAAUAAACAAAGAAUAUCUUAUUGGGCCCAAAAUAUCACGAGAUAGCUACUUCUGUUAAACUUUAUGACCACAUUGGCACAAGGAAGAAGUGAUGUUGGAAAUGUUUGAAUUGAAAUGAGUAAAAAUGCGUAACCAUUUGUUUAAUACUUAUCUUUAUAGAAUGCUAGUUUAAUGACUUUUCUAACUGAAUUUUUUGAAGAAUUCAGAAAUGUUUGUAUUAGUCACAGAUUUAUCAUAAUUGAUUUUCUGAUGCAUUUAAAAAAAUGGAACACUAAAUGUAUAUUACCGAUGCAAACUGUGGAUAAAAUUGAAUGAAAACAA